GCUGGGCUCGGCGCGGAGCGGGGCCCGGGGGCGGUGUUAGCGCCGUUCUUAACCCUUUUUCCCGUACAGAUCCCUCGAUGGCGCAGUGCGUGAGCCGGGUGCAGCUGUCCGUGACCUGCCGCCGCCUCCUCGACCGCGACGUCGGCUCCAAGUCGGACCCGCUGUGCGUCCUGCUGCUGGACGCGGGAGGCCGCUGGGCUGAGUUAGAUCGCACGGAGAGGAUUAAGAACUGCCAGGACCCGGAGUUCUCCAAGAAGCUGCUGGUUGACUACUACUUCGAGAAGGUGCAGAAGCUGAGGUUCGGCGUGUACGACAUCGACAACAAGUCUGCUGAGCUCAGCGACGACGACUUCCUCGGGGGCAUGGAGUGCACGCUGGGACAGAUUGUGUCCAGCUCAGUGUUUACCCGACCUCUGGAACUAAAGGAGGGGAAGCCAGCAGGAAAAGGCACCAUUACGAUUACAGCAGAGGAGAUUAAAGAUACCAGAGUUGUCAAUUUGGAAAUUCAAGCCCGAAACUUGGACAAAAAGGAUUUCUUAGGUAAAUCGGAUCCAUUUCUGGAGUUGUACAAGCAGAGUGAUGCUGGAAUGUGGCAGCUGGUGUACAGAUCAGAGGUCAUUAAGAACAACUUAAGUCCAUGCUGGAGGAGGUUCAGCGUUCCCUUGCAGACGUUCUGUGGUGGUGAUCUUAAUAAACCUAUCAAGGUGCAGUGCUCUGAUCAUGACAGUGAUGGGUCGCAUGACUUGAUAGGUGUUUUUGAAACUAACCUGGCUCAGCUGCAGAAAGCAGUGGACGGCUGUCCGGUGGAAUUUGAAUGCAUUCAUCCUGAGAAGAAACAAAAGAAAAAGAGCUACAAAAACUCGGGCAUUAUUAGCAUAAAAUCUUGCAAGAUUGAAACAGACUAUUCGUUCCUGGACUAUGUGAUGGGAGGCUGCCAGAUUAAUUUUACAGUGGGCAUAGACUUCACUGGCUCCAAUGGUGAUCCCAACUCACCAGAUUCUCUUCACUACAUCAGCCCAGAUGGGAUAAAUGAGUACUUGAUUGCCAUCUGGAGUGUGGGAAGUGUAGUCCAGGAUUAUGACACGGACAGGCUGUUUCCUGCAUUUGGUUUUGGAGCUCAGGUUCCUCCUAGCUGGCAGGUGUCUCAUGAGUUUGCUUUGAACUUCAAUCCCGACAACCCUUAUUGUCAAGGGAUCCAAGGAAUAGUUGAUGCCUAUCGCCAGAUCCUUCCUCAGAUCCGACUCUAUGGGCCAACCAACUUCUCUCCUAUUAUAAACCACGUGGCAAGGUUUGCUGCACACUCGGCACAACAAAGGACUGCUUCUCAAUACUUUGUCUUGCUGAUCAUCACAGAUGGAGAGAUCACUGAUCUGGACCAAACUAGGCAAGCAAUUGUUAAUGCCUCUAAGCUGCCGAUGUCCAUCAUUAUUGUUGGAGUUGGUGAAGCUGAUUUUAAGGCAAUGGAGUUUCUUGAUGGGGACAAUGGUGUCCUGAAAUCCCUAACAGGAGAGCCAGCUGCACGGGAUAUUGUUCAGUUUGUGCCUUUCCGACAGUUCAGAAAUGCUCCCCGGGAAGCUCUUUCCCAGGUGGUUCUGGCUGAAGUGCCGAAGCAGCUGGUGUCAUACUAUAAACUGCAGGGCUGGCCACCUGUGAAACUGCCAGAAAUAAAGAAGAUGUAGAUUCCAGCCUCACUCCAGCCAUACGUAUCACUGGGAUGAGGAGAGCUGCCUGCACUCACAUUCUUCCCUGGGGUGUUCAGUGCCUCAAGAUUGUAUCAGUCACACUAACUCUUACCCACUUGUACUCUAUCUUUUAUAUUUCCUGUUCCUAACUGGAAGAAAUGUAAAUAUGAAAAAAAAAAAACAAACUGUUGGCAGUUCUUGUCAAAGAAAAAUAGACAUUGUUGGUUUUCCACCUUGCAGUGGUGACACUUCAUGCCACUCCUCAUCACUUGGCAUGACCCACCUGCUGCUUGGUGUCAGGGUGGGCAUCUGCAUGGAAAUGCUCACACAGCACUGCUUCCAGUGUUAGUUAGGAUAAACGUAUUUAUUAUAAAGAUAUUUAUCAUAUAUUUGUUCCUUGGUAGUUCUUUUCUCCUGUCUGUUUGCCCUGGAAUUGGAGACACUUCUGUACUGGUUGGUACCUGUAUGGUCUGAACCACUGAUUGAGCACCUGGGGAAAAGAUCUGAUCAGCCCUGGGAGCACAGAUUAAGGCAAUUCAGCUGUGGGACCAAAAGGGGUAGAGCUUGGCUGCACCUCUCUUAGACCUCAUUUGAGGGCUGGCUGCCAUUGGGGAAGGAUCUCUGGUUGGAGAUCCUUGUGGAGCUUUCCCCUGUGAGCCUAGAUGUUCAGAGACAGGUGAGCACUUUCCUUUUUGCUCUGUACCACCUUUCCAUCCUGCUCGUCCCUUUGUCAUCACAUUUCCUGUAUCACCAUUUCACUGCGUUCAUCUUUCUGAUUGCUACAGUGCCAAAGUCUCUUGGUUGGACGCCUGAGGCAGUUCCUGCUGUGCCUUCAUAAAGUGUCAGUAUAUUUUUAUAUGUAGACAUUUAUUUUUAAAUUUCUGUUACCAUACUUAGUAAUCAUUGUAUUUUUAUUAUCACGUUUUUCUAUUAGCAGAAUGUAAUACUAUGAUGGCCUUUUGCUUGGAGCCAUUGUUGCAAUUUAAGAGUGCUGCACUUUGCUUAUUUGGGGGGGGGCAAUUAAUGAGGUAUGUGACUUUCAGAAGCCAGUAAUUGGAAACAUUGGAAUUAAGAUGCUUUGAGUGAUUUCCCUGGAGUGCCAGUGGUAUAAAGUGAAGAAGUAAUUAUCUGUGGAACUAUGAGGAAGUAGUUCCUUGUCCUCACAAGUGUGAAGCGUGUAUUACUACAUGGUUUGGGGUUGUAAGUAGACAGAUGAUAGCAAAGCGUGAUUUCUUUGAGACUGGAGGUAAUUCAUUUCAAAAUGAAGGAACUUGCACUACAAGUUGUCAUCACUUUGAGUUGCAUAAAUAAAUCAUCUGCUUUGAUUUACA